AUUGGGGUAGAAGGAAAGAAAAUCAAGCCGAGCCCCCUCUGCGUGUGUAUCUGACUUUUCAAUAAAAUUGUCGGGUUGGGUGCUCAGCUUUUUCCUUUGCCUCCUGGCCUGUGAGUCUCGCCUUGGCAGAGUAGGUCCAGGUGCCAUAGCUGCUGUUGAACCCCUGGGAAAGUUUGUGAUCUUCCUAUCCAGGCUGUGGCAGCUUUUAUUUGCGUCGACUCUCUACAAAACAAGUAGUAGAAGCUGCAGCUCAGCUGGAGAAGCCGCAGCGCGUGCUGGUUUAGAAACCAGCUCCGGGUGCGCACAGGCAGCAGGGACAGGGCUUGCCUGGGCUGGGAGCCCGUCUGCAGCGCGGUGCCGGGCGUCGGGAGCUGUGGAUUGCAGCGAGCUGCUUGCUUCGCACGAGAAAGCUUCAGCCCGCUCCAGAGGUUACAAAACCUUGAAGUGAGACAAACUUGGGGUACCUUGUUUGGAAAAAUACCUUUAUGAAAAUGAAUAAAAAGUCAGGAAUAGGAUUUUCCGUCCUUCCCAAUGGAAGAGCGGGGAAAGUGUGGCUUUUUAUUCUGAACUGUCGAUGUCUUUCUGGUACAGGGGUUGUCAAGACGGAGCCUCUAACUUCAGGAAUUGUCUUUUUGGCUUCUUGGGGUGUUCCUGUGAUGGCCUCCUGUGAAAUGCCAAUGAACAGAGUCCCUUCUGGACGAGUCCUUGGCAGGUACAGUGGGGAAACAAGCUUCAGAGGAGUGAUCACAGGUCAUCCCCGCGGUCCUGCCCGGAACUCUCCAGAAAGUUACGGAACAGGGUGACUGACUAUGCCAGCAGUCAUGCCACAUUCAACAUUCAAGGAGUUCAUUGGGACUCCUUUCCAGUGUGCCUUGGAGAGGAGGGCAGAUGUGCUUGCUUCGCCUUAUCCCAACCCAAAGCUUCCUCAAAGGAGGUUGUCCAGGUUCCGUGGUUAAUGCCCCCUCCAGAGGCUCCGACCCCCAGGGGAGCCCAGGAGAAGGCAGUUGGUCUAGUCUCCUUCCCAGGAGUAUCUUGGAAGUGACUUUCUCUUCAGUUUUUGGUGUGUGUGCCUCUCCUUCUCGCCAAGUUAAUCGGACAGUUCUAGUUUCUGUGACGAGGACUUGCCGUGCGCCUCUCAAGGCCGGAAAGCAGCCUGAUCUCUUUGUGCAGCUGAGGAAAAUAUUUCCCGUUCCAGCUGAGUCGGAAAUAGUUUUUCAUCACAGUCCACAGAUCAAGGACCUACAGGACAGGCCCAAGAUACCUCUUGUUUUCAUCCUUUUCCUUUCUGCAGACCCCUUCCAACUUGUCACUGGGUUGGUUUAUCCCAUCUGAAGUGUUAAAUCAGGUGAAAUUCUUCGGGAAGCUAAAGCAAAUGCUGUGUUGUCUAGCAGCAUUGUGUUGUAUUUCUUCAGUUGGAGUUCUAGCCCCAAACUCCGUGCAGGGCUUGUCUAAGGGCGUCACUGUUGGCCGUGAACGUGCCUGCACCCGAGCUGGGAGAAGUCUUAGCUAACUGGUGGCAGAAACAGAUUUGCAGAUGCUACUGGGAGGAGUGGGAGAGACCACUGAACCAUGCUGAGCAUCCUCCAGACAGGAUGGAGCUGGAGGUUGGUUUGGUGCAGAAUGAUCUGAUUGUGCCAAUUCAGACUCAACGCAGCCUCUCUGAUGCUCCUCGAAGCCAAACCACUCAUGAUCCCUGGCCUGCCACGCGCUUUCCCCAGCCCCAGAGGAGUUCGGGCCAGCAAAGAGCAGGGGAGCGUGGCUACCAGAGCGGCUGCAGGGGUUAUAAAAAGCUCAGAAAGAGCCAUCACCAAACGUGACCCGCAAUCUGUGGACCAGAGCGCAGAACCUCUGAGGGCAACGGGGUGAAGUGGCACGAGAGAACUGGGGUGAGGGCGGCCAGGCCCUGCCCGGCUGCGCUGCGGUGACAGGCGGCGUUAGCAGGACCGUGCCGAGCCAGCGUCACUUGGCCUGGCACCACGCGGUGCAGCCGGCUACUCGCUGGAGCUGCCGUGCUGAGGCUUCUGUGUGAGAAAGGGAAGCAUGCAGCUGCUCACGGUGCUCGGGAAGCUGCGCGGGGUUAAAAUUAGCCUUUUAUUAUUAUUAUUAUUAUUAUUCCUAUUAUGGUCUCGGUCUGGGCUGGGUGUAAGGGGAAGAUCAGUGAUCCCGGGGAAGAGAUUCACCCUGACGUUCGCGCUGGAUGGCAUGGGGAGAUGAUUGACCAGAUCAUGUGUGUGGCAACGUGGGAAGCUCAGGUUGCUGUGACGUAGAGAGGGCACAAGAUGAGGUUGCAACACAUUUUCUUCCAACAGAGUGAAAAACACUUCCUCUCUGUCAAGCUAAAAAAGAAACAACCCAAAAAACAGGAGAGGAAGGAAAACCUGGAUUGUUCUCAGCAGCCUGCUGUCUGACAUGUUUUGCUUUGCUGCUGGCUGCUUUUUAGAGACCAAUUUGUCUCAUUUAACAAUAAAAUGGGGGUUUGUGUGCUGGUGCAAACUGAUUUUUCCUUCAGGGGAACUACCGUUAUUCACAUAAUCUGUUUCUCUCAGCUUAUUUUUUUCCUAGAAAAACGGAAUUGGUUGAUGUAACCCAGCCUCACCCGUUCAUCUUUUUCCAUGUGGCCCUCAAAGGCUCCAUCUCCAUUUUCUAUCUCUUCCAGCAGACGGGCGUGCUGUGCUUAGCACAGGUUUUAUGUUCCUGACACUCCUGUACUCGUUGCUUUGAAAGCAGCAAAAGCCACUUUGAAACUUGUUGGCAAAUGCUACUCGUGUGUUACCCGAGGUACAGCAAGUUGGGUGACAACCCAAAAGGUAGCACUCCAGUUGCUUCUUUUUUUUUUUAUUAUUUACUGUAUUGGAGCAAGGCUGUAUCAGGGUUAUAAGAAAACUGCGGUUAUGCUUUGUCUCCUGCGGCUGUUGCAGACAGGGAAGGUGACAUCCCAAGCAGCUGAUGUGCCUCAGGUCCUCAUGAUAAGCGCACGAGGAACAUGAACCUUCUCCCAACUCUUUUUUUUUUGAGAAGAUUCUUUUGCCUUUAUGGCCCGUGAGCAAUCCUCUUUGCUUUUGCUGCCUGCAGCUCCUCUGCCAUAAAAAUCACCCCAUUAUUGCCACUUUUUGUACUACAGCUUCCCUGUCUCCUGUUCUCAGGCACAGUGGUCAUGUUCUCCCGGUGCUGUUCCUGUCACGGAGCUGCUACAGUCAGACCUUCUGGAUGGAGACAGGGGAGCUCCCCCGCUACGUGCCAGCUGCCAGCCGUGGGCACCCCACACAGGACUUUGCAAUGCUGGUGUCUGACUUGCAGUAGUUAAGAUAUCCAGAAAUAACUGCUCUCUCUCCACGUUACCACCAAGGCAUGAGAUAUAUACGUAAUGGGGGUAUGCUCAACACCUGGGGGAAAAGCUGGGUCAUCUGCAAAGAAGCAAAGGGCAGGAGAUAGGAACCAGCUGAGACACGAGAAUAUUUAUUGAGACGCUUUUAUUAAAAUACUGCUGUGCUCCCUCCUGUGGGUGAAAAUGAGAAGAGGCAAACCUGAACUGUUCAGUGUCCACGCACAAAGCUCUUGCACAGCAAGGGAAAUAAGGUGAAAUGUGAUGGAAGAAGCCCUUGGUGAAGGACGUGGACGUGUCAUGGUGACAGAGUGUUAGCAUUUGGAGAGGGCUGCAGAGGCGAAAGGGAAAUGUUCUCCCUACAUAGUCACUGCAGGUCAUUCCAGGACAAACGGUGUUUGCUACUUGGGCACAGUGGUCAAGGCAUUUAGGGCAGACGUGCCCUAAUCUGAAGCCUUAAAAUCUGAAGCUGUGUGUGUUUUGGUGGGCUCGUGGCUCCUGCCAGUGAAAGAGGGCACGAUCGAGCCGACGGGUCAGCCGCAGCACCGGCAGAGGCUGGCUCAUUCGGCCAGGACAGUCAUUCUUCCUUUUGAGCCGCCCACUAUGUGGGAGAGGGAAGGAUCAUGACUAUUGCAGUGGGUGGCUAUUGGGGUGGAGGAGGAAGAUGUGGAGCACGUGCUGGGCCGUCAUAAAUAGUCACCCAUGGGCGAUGCCUCCAGGACAGGGAUUAUCCGAGGGGUGGACGCUGCUGGCUCCACGUGGCAUUGCUCCCAGGUAAGCUGGGAAGGUGGGAAGGUGGGCUCCCUGGGCUUUGCUUGAAUCCCCUUGCUUGUGGCCGUGGAGACAUGCUGGCAGGAAGGGAGUCUUCCUUUGGAGUGUCUGAACAGAGACUGGUUCAGCUACGCUUUUUGCUUUACCUCCCGUCACGGAGGGCUUUGUCUGCCUGCACUGACUGAGGCAGAAGCAAGCAGCUAAUGCAAACUUGCUUCUUGCUGGAGGAGGGGAGCACUGGGGGGCAGCGAGCCGCGGAGAGCUCCCUGGGGGCAGGAGACCUCCUGCCUUCCCCGGGGAGGGGGCAGCACGGGAGGGGAAGGAAAGUCCUUGGAGAGGUUAAGGGGAGACUGGCAGAAGACCACAAAAGCCUCUGGCUGGUGAAAGCAGCCCACGCGGGAGCUCCAGAGGAGCAAGAGCUGUUCUAUAAGGUCCUCCAAAGUGGGGGCGUGGGACUCGACACUGGAUGCUCGUGGCUCUGGUGGGGACAGCCACGCACCGUCCCUGGACUGCAGGUGGGACAGCAGUGAGGGCAAGAGGCCCUGAAUUCCUUAUAACCGAGGCAGGGAGGAGAGAAAGCAGAGUGGAGGUGAAGCUCCCGGGUGGGUGGAGCUGCUGGUCCACCUUGGGCUUCUUGGCUCGCAUCCUCCCCGUGCAGGGGCUUUGCAACCCUGUUCUCCAUGGCCAGCUCUCCCUGGCACCCGCAGCCUGCGGCGCUGGCGUGGCUGGUCUCUGGAAGGUUGCAGGGAUGCAAAGCGCCGUUGGGCUUGUGCCCCCCCAGCAUCUUGGCCCACGUGGGGGCUGGAUGUGCGGCUUCAGCCGCUCCUCCCCAUCGCUGGUGCCGUGCACGAGGAGGGCUGAGGUAGCUCUUCCUAUGGAAACAACCACACAGCGCCUGUCUGCUUCUGCUUCUGCAAAGCCAGAGCAAACCUAAAAUAAAUUAGCGGGUGCGAGGAGCAGCUUGAUUCAGGGAGCUUGGACAAAACAGGUUGUGAGCCACCGGGGACAUAAAACUCGCCUGAAGCAAAAAUGAACACAGGAUAGAAGAAACCUGGGAAGGUGGGACAGCAGCAAACCAGGUUGUUUUCAGUGAUCCCGGAGCGACCACUGGACAUCCCCCAUCUUACAGGGUGGCCAUGUGCGUGGGGAAGUGCAGCCGGAUUGUGGGUCUGUGCCUGCUGGUGCUGGGCACGCUCUCCGUGGCAGCCAACAUCCUCCUGCUCUUCCCCGGUGGGGCACUGAAGUACCUGGUGGAGGGGCACAUCAGCAAGCUCGCCAAGGUCAUGCCGGGUGUCUGGGGAGGCGGCAUCGCUGUGCUGCUGGCAGCGACCCACAUCACGGCGGUGGGGUGGCGAUGCGCCGGCUGCUCCGACUGUGGCACCCGUCGCAAUGCUUUCAUCUCUGCUGUGCUCUCCAAGCUGGCACUCCUGGGCGCUGCCGCCUGCUUUGUCCUCUCCGGGGUGGGUUUGACCAACGGACCCCUCUGCCUCUACAACGCCUCCGAGCACGGCCGCGGGACCCUCUGGGAUUACCCCUUCCUGGAUGCCAGCGGCCAGGAGCCUGGCACCAGGGUAGAGAACUACCUGUAUGAUCAUCGCACUUGGAGCGUCUGCCUGGAGCCGGAGGGUGUUGUGGCCUGGAAUGUCGUCCUCUUCUCCCUCCUGCUGCUCAUCAGCGCUGCCGAGAUGGUGCUGGCCUCCCUCCAGAUCCUCAAUGGCUGCCUCGGGUGUCUCUGUGGCUUUUGCGAGGGGAAGUAGGGACCUGUGAUGGUCCCAGGAGGCUGGCACUUGGAGGAGGUACCAUCCCCGGGUGUCCCUUGGCCGGUGGAAAAUGUCAUGGUGGGGGGAUGGCACGAACUGCGAUAUCAGCUUAGUGCAAGAGCCCUGGGCAAGACGGACAGAGUCCCCCAUGGGGGACAGGCCCCCCAGCCUGCAUGAAGCAUUGAAGCAGCGUGUGUGGGGCUGGUGUGCAAAGGGCUGCCUCCGCGCAGAGCCCUCUGCCCAGCUGAUGCUGCUUCCUCCUCCCUGGACCGGGUGCCCUGGGGCUGGUGUCCAUUUGGGGUUGGAAACCAGCCCACUGAGCGAUGGAGGUAACUGGCUCCUGGCAUCCCCGGACAAGCCCAGCAGCUUCCCCGGCUGCUCCUGGUCAGCCUCCACCUGCCUGGGCGCAAACGUGACACGGUGGAAUUUACAGAGAUACGAGCUGGAACACUAACUUAUUUUUGUUAAUCGAUCUGUAUUUAGGGCAGCUGGUGUUGGUGCUUGUCU